AUGGCAGGAACAGUUCUUGGAAAGCGCACUCGCAGCGUGGUGGAAACUGCAGGUAAGACCAUCCCACUUUCUGCUCUUAUCUUCCAGUCCUCACCCGCCUCUCCAGCAUUGCCGGUACGGACCGCAAGCAAGCGCCGAACAGUCGCCCCUCGAGUUCACCAACACGACAAAGAUACCGUCUCAGUCCCCUCAUUACGGCGAACCAGGUCAACAGCAAAGAAAACAGUCGACCAACCUGAUCAAGAGAAUGGCGAGGAUAAGACAGUGUCGGUGGAUGUUUCUUCCAAACAUACCCUGCGCGAUGACCAGUUCAAAUCCCCCGUCAAGAUCAAUUCGCAUUUUACAGUUUCAAAACCAGUGGAAGAGAUUACAAAACCAAUUGAGGUCGAAUUCAAGACACCGUCAAAAUCGCGAUUCCGAGAUGAUCUACCGCGACACCCCAUCACACCCAGGCACCGAGUGCAGGUGGGCGCAAAGGCGAUAACGCCGCGAACCCCCCGCCAUGCCGAUCUUCCUCCGACACCCCGACAGAGUUCCACUCCGACAAUCGCGCACUCCGUCUAUUCGCAAGCCAGACAAUUGUUCGCCCAAGGCACCAACUCCGGUCGCUUAGUGGGUCGCGACGCCGAGCGGGAAAAGUUGGUGUCUUUCAUCACAGAGGGAUUGCGGUCUCGGUCAGGAGGAUGUCUCUAUAUCAGUGGUCCCCCGGGAACCGGAAAGAGUGCCAUGGUCCAAGAAGUGUGUGGAGAUCUUGACCUUUCCAAUGUGAGAAUCACACAUGUGAACUGUGCAAGCAUGCGAACCUCUCGUGAUGUCUACAGCAGGCUUAUUCAAGAUUUCUCCGUGGACACCGAUAUCUUUAAGAAAAGUGAGGGUGAUCGCUUGAAAUCUAUGUUCAUUCCAUCCAAGAAAGGGCAAGAUCUCUUCUUGGUCACUCUAGAUGAAAUUGACCAUCUACUUAAUGGCGAUUCCGGGGUGUUGCAGUCAUUAUUCGAGUGGUCAUUGCAAAGCAACUCUAAGCUGAUGUUGAUCGGCAUCGCCAAUGCCCUUGAUUUGACUGACCGAUCUCUCCCACAGCUCAAAGCGAAGAACUUGAAACCCCGCCUGCUACCAUUCCUACCAUACAGUGCUGCAUCUAUCGCCAACGUCAUGACGAAUCGUCUGCGCUCAUUGCUCCCUCCUGGGGCAGAUUCCGACCCAAAGCUUGUUCCCUUCAUUCAACCAGCCGCCAUCCAGCUUUGCUCCAAGAAGGUAGCCUCUCAAACAGGCGAUCUCCGCAAAGCCUUUGAGUUGAUGAAGCGAGCAAUCGACGUCAUUGAACAGGAAACAUUCCAAAAAUUGGAGAAGCAAGCUAAGGAGUCCGAAAAUGUUCCAAUACUAGGUGAAAAUGCCAACUUGUCUUCACCUUCGAAAACAGGAAGUGCUCCCAAGCCAACCUCAAUGUCAAGCUACAGUGUCAUCACGGCACCCCGAGCCAGCAUCGCGCACAUUGCCCGAAUAACCUCCGCAGCUUUCGGCCAGGGAACCGUUCAAAGACUUCAGAGUUUGAACUUGCAGCAGAAGGCCGCUAUCUGCGCCCUGAUUGCACUGGAGCGCAAACGUCGGCAACUUGAGAUCCCAAGCACGCCCUCCAAGUCGCGUGCUUCCGCGCCCACCAUCAAGCAAGCAUUUGAUACAUACUGCGCUCUGUGUCGUAAUGACAACAUUCUUCACCCCCUGACUGCCACGGAGUUCAAAGAUGUUCUCGGCAACUUGGAAACAAUGGGCUUAGUUGGGGAGUAUCAGGGUCGCGGCCGAGGCGGCACUGUUGCAGGCGGCACAGAUUUGCGUCGCACGCCCUCCAAAUCCAGCCACAUGCCCUCGACUCCCCAUAGGGCCCUUGACGAGCAAUGUCUUGUCUGCUUCGUUUCUCAGCAGGAAAUCGAGAGCCAAAUUGCUGGUCCCGGCGAGGGAAUCCUUCGGCGCCUGCUCCGUGGCGAAGGCCUAUGA